AUGCGUUACCUCAAGCUAUCGGCCCUUGCCUUUUUUCUACCUUUUUUCCCUUUUACUCUUGCUGCUGGGGAGAGUGAUCUGGUCGGAUGCAAUGCUGUCAGCUGCCCUACAGUCGAUGGCUCUGACCGCUGUACAGUUGGCGAUAUAACCCAUAUUGGCGUGGGAAUUUCGCAAAUCCAAAAUGCACCUUUUGCCUUGGAAGGAUUUUCUCUCGUGAAGGGAGUCAAUGUUUCGAAUAAGGCCAAUGAUGACCCCGGGCUUCCGUUCAAGUCGCUAUACUACCUAUCUACCCCAGAAACGACGGAUCUCGCAAGCCUCCACGGAUGUGCUAUCCUCUUCAACGACCCUCCUUUCAAAAAGUUUAAAUACCCCAUGAGGGAAGGCAAAAUAAGCGGUACUUCGGUGAUCGUUAAUAUGACAGAUAGCCGCGCUGCAGCAGGAAUGUGCUCAGAGGUUAUCGAACAGAGUUGUAUUGAUAAGAUUCUGCAAAAGGCUAGUGACGUGGCCGGCGAGGGCAAUAGCAAUACAUGCGAGAAACUUGAGCGGGAGAUGAAAAAGAACUUUGAUGAAUGCACGAGUUUUGGCGGCCAAGGCAGCUCUCUUGGGAAUUUCACCGUCAAGUCCCUUGACGCCCUCAUCACAGUGAAAAACUCAUCGGAUUGCUGGCCCACAAAGAAGAAAUCGGACCGGCUGUUAGAGAUUGGGAAGGUGACAUCUUAUAGAAACGAAACAAAUACUUAUGCUGAUUAUACUGAAGAGGCAUACAAGAUCACUCCGGUAUUGACUGUAUUCGUUGGCGGGAACAACAGCCUAGUUGACCGUACCUCUUCUCAGAUGACCUGCUUGAAGGUCAUUACUAUCCAGAAGUAUGACGUGGAGCCGGGUCGCCCAGAGAAUAAAGCGACAAGUCUGAUAGGCAGUUGGCUGAUUAUGGCAAUUGUAGUAUUGAUGGGGACCUUUAUGACUCUAUGA